GUGUCACAUGAUAACGCCAGCAUUUGCUGAGUCGACCUUUCCUCGUGGUCAGGAGGCGAUUUUCACCUCAUCUUUUUCAACUUUUUUGGCUAAAAGUAAACAUCAAAAUGGCGGAAGCAAAACCUCACCUCCAUCGUGAAGGUACAAUGGUGGUGACUGCAAAGGAAGGUAUUGAUUACCUCGAGGCGGAGGGUAAAACCAAGCUCUUGGAGAUGCAGGGUCUCAAGGAUCCAGAACCCGUACAGAACUCACUUAAAAGAGAUGGCACAAUGGCAGUCACCGCAAAAGAGGCAGAGCACUUGCUAGGAAAAAACAAACCAGAUGAGGAUGCAAAGACAAGAGGGCAGCAACAUAAGAUUGAGGAGAUAAAGGAGGAAAAGCCUGCUAAAAAAGGUCGUCUAGCUAAAGGUGUGACCAUGAUAGGAACAGCAAAGGAAGCAGCUCAGUUGCUCGGGGAUGAAAAACCAGAUGCAGAUGCCAUGACCAGAGGACAGCAAAAGAAAAUUGAUGAAAUUACAAAAGAGGCCCCAUCCACUCCCAAGAAAGCUAGAAUGCAAAAACAGGGUACAAUGGCAGCAACAGCCAAGGAAGCAAAAGAACAUCUACUAGGGAAGGAAAAGUUAGGUGACACAAGAGCUGAGACAAAAGCUAAAAAAUCCAAACCCAGUGCCCCAAAAAGGUCCAGUACAAUCAACAAGGCUAUCGAAGAAGCUAAGUAUGUUGUUCCUGAUAUAAAUGUUAACGAGGGAAGGAAAUUACGAUCUGCUGACAAGAAACCUGCUAUGAAACGUGCAGGAACAAUGCAGACAACAGCAGCCGCAGGGAAAGAGUUCCUGAAUAGGUCUAAGAAAGCCAAAAAAGCAGAAGAUUCCAGCGAGGAAGAUUAGACAAUCCUGAUGCUGCUUCCAACAUAGGGCAGGUCGAUUAGGAAUGGAAGACCUCAUGCUGGAGUAUCUGUGUGUUGUUGACAGAUGGUUAAAUAUUAUGGCAGCAUUUUUCCAUGUCUGUAAUGGAUAGAAAUACAAAUCCUCCUUUUAAUGCUUUUCAUAUUAAUAUAAUAUAUCUUUUAUUGUCCGAGGUAGAAUAAGUUCUGAUUAUCAAAUACUAUUAUGAAUAUUUUCAAGAGAUCAAGUAUGGUUUUUUUUUAUGAGUCUGAAAUAAUAUGUUUACUAAGAAACAGUAAUUGCAAGUUUUAGUUAGAAUUAAAAAUAAGGUACCCCAUUUGCAUUUCAUUAUAACUGCCUGUGAGUAUUGCAUCAUGUGUGCAUGUUUGGAUUUUCAAAUUAGCUGACAUGACUGAAAGACAUUGAAUUGUUAGAACUUUUGCUUCAUUCACCAUCUUUGUACAGGAGUUAUUCAUUCAUUCACUACAUUUGAGCCAUUAGUAUUGUUUUGUCAUGGUGUAGAAAGAAAAAUUUUAUUUAAUAAAAAAUAUUAAAUUGACCAUCAAAACUGUUUGUGAUGAUAUUAGUUGCUUAAUUCCAGUGUUAGGAAACUUCUGUGUGUAUUGUUUUGUGAUUUUGUGUUGUAUUGAUACAAUCAGUGUACAUGUAAUUUGCUUUGAUGUGUCCAAGGUGGACUUUUUUGUUUAGAUAUUUUUCUUUGUUUCUAGAAAUUAUAUUUCAUUUUUAUAUCAGAAUGUCAUUUAUAUAUAUCAGAGCAUUUAGAAGCUAUACAGUUAUAAUGUAUCCAGUUAUUGUUUGAAAAUUACUGCCUGAAAAUUCAAAUACUGUCAUGUAGUUGGGACCAAAAACAAAGACUGGAUCCUAGAAUACUCUUUUUAAACUGAUGUUUAGUUGGUUAUUUAAAAUAAAUUUAUUUAAAGGUAAGCCCUAGCCCUUGUAUACAAAAGUAACUUUAAUUUAUUUACAAAUACAUGUAAUUAAGGAUUUAAAAAUAAACCUUAGCCUUAUAUACGAAAGUAACUUCACUGUUUUAAAAAAGUAACCCUGGCUGUGAUUAUUUUAAUUAUGUAGUGCCAUGAGCAUUAUCUGUGUUAAUAUUUUAAAAUUUUGAGUGUCCUUUUUUUAUUUUAUCUUUACAUUUUAAGACAAACAAAUCUGUAUUUAUCUCUAUAUACAUAGAUUGGAAUGUUUUGGUGUAUGAUUCUUAUCAUCGGUGACAGUAUCACUGUGUGGAUUUUUUAUGCAAUCAAAAUGAGCACACCUACUUUUGAUGUGAAGUUCUGUGCCAGAGGCAGUUUUCCUUUCCUUUAGGUGCUUCUUGUUUUCUUUGUAGCAUGUGUGUAGAACAAUGUGUGAUUUUAUAAGUCACUGUAUAUGUGUCAUUUUAAUACUUGGUUUUGAAUCUACUAGCUGUUUAGUAACAAAUUCCUAUAUGUAUGUAUGAACACAUUUUAUUAAAAAGAAACCCUGAUCAAAA